AUUCUCACAGACCAGAAACCGGUGAAGAAGGAGGGCUUGGGGGUCCACCACCCCACCCAGCCCAGGAAGUCUCACAGUUGGACCUCGCCCCAGCUCUGUGAGUCGACUGAGGGAGACAGAGCUGCAGACAGCCAGAGAGGAGCAGAGACCAGGGCUCACUCAGGCGACUCCGGCCCGGGCAUCAGUUUCUCUGCGUCCCUCAGGACAGGCAGAGCCAUGCUGGGCCCCCACCUCCCACCCCCGCCCCUGGGACCCAGUGAAGGCAGGUCUACCCCCUGCACCUUUGGGAUUCCUGAUGGGAGCUACAGGUGUCUGGCCUUGGAGGCCGAGGAGAGCGGCGGUGAGGAGGGCCUGCUGGGAGAGGCAGGGCUCACGGACUUGGAGGAAGACAGGGUGGCCAGCAGGAGCGGGGACAAUGCCUGCAGAGCCACCCAAGGGGCACCACAGCUUCCCAGGGCCCUGGGCCUCCAGCCACCCAGCUGUUCCAGGGAGGCACGAGGGGAUUCCCAGCAUGACGACAGAGCCAGCCAGGACUGGGACACGAUGAAGGCCCGGCAGGUGAUGACAGCCAGCCUCAGCCCCAGCCUUGGGCCCAGGGUUGCCCAGAAACCAGCAUUGGGCCGGAGCACCAGCCUCACCGAGAAGGAUCUAAAAGAGGCCAAGGCGAGGAGCCAGCAGAUCGCAGCCCAGCUGACCACCCCUCCCAGCUCCAACUCCCGCGGAGUCCAGCUCUUCAACAGGCGCCGGCAGAGGGUGAAUGAGUUCACCUUGGAGAGCCACGGCCAGAGGGGACAGAAGCCCAGCCAGGAGUCCCUCCGAGUGACCCCUGCCAGCCCCACAGGCCAUGCCCCAGGGCUCAGCCUGAGUGCCACCUCAGUCCCUAAGCCAGGCCCUCCGAGAAACCCCAACUGCCAGAGCUCUGAUAUAAGGGUCCCUGGUCACAGCAUGGAGGGCUGCUCAGAGGAGGCCAGCUUGCUGCGGCACCUGGAGAAGAUGGCCAGUGAGGAGGACACCACGCUCAUCACUCCAGCUUCUAACAGCAACCACAACCUGCCAGCCACAGAUGUCAAUCAGAACCUACCGGCAACUGUCACCCCGCAGAGCCUGCCACUUUCUAGUGUCCAACAGAAUUCUUCAGAAGCACAACUCCCGCCUAAUGGCACAGUGCCAGAUUUCAAACCCAGCACCCUGUGUGCUGGUGGGCAGCCCCAGGAGCCAGCUGCAGAGGUGAGAUCCAGCACCCUCGUAAUUGAUAAGGUAUCAGCUCCAUCUACCACCACCAGCGCCUUCUCCAGAGAAGUUACUCCCAUCUCCAGCUCCGGGCCCCCAGCCCCAGAUUUCAUGUCCAGCUCCCUGCUCAUCGAUGUCCAGCUCGGCGCCCCAGUGGUGUCAGCAGAACAAGAGAUGUCCGGGCAGGCAGCCACAACCAUGCCCACCAAGCUGUACAGUGAGGUCCACCUCACGCUGGCCAAGCCCCCAUCCGUGGUCAACAGGACAGCCAGGCCCUUUGGGAUCCAGGCUUCAGGGAGCACCAGCCAGAUGGAGCGGAGCCCCAUGAUAGAGAGACGACAUCUUGGGGAGAAGGCCCCAGCUACCCAGCCCCCCAGCAUAGCAGACCGGAGCCCUCGGCCACAGAGACACGUAAUGUCCCACAGCCCCAUGCUGGAGAGGAGGCCCAUGGCACAGCGAAGCCCCGCCUUGGAGAGACGCCCCUUGGGAGCCUUCACCCCGCCCCCUACCUAUGCUGAGACCUUGUCCACGGCCCCCCUGGCUUCCCGGGUUAGGUCUCCCCCCUCUUACUCUGCCCUGUACCCCUGCUCCGACCCUAAGCCUUCUCAUCUAAGGGGCCAGGUGGUUCCUGCCAGCAAGACAGGCAUUCUGGAGGAGUCAAUGGCCCGCAGGGGCAGCCGGAAAUCCAUGUUCACCUUCGUGGAGAAGCCCAAGGUGACCCCGAAUCCAGACCUGCUGGAUCUGGUCCAGACGGCUGAUGAGAAGAGGAGGCAGAGAGACCAGGGGGAGGCGGGCGUGGAGGAGGAGCCCUUCGCGCUGGGGGCCGAGGCCUCCAACUUCCAGCAGGAGCCCACAGCCCGGGACAGGGCCAGCCCCGCGGGCGCCGAGGAGACUCUCCCCGAGUGGGCCUCGUGCCUCAAGUCGCCGCGCAUCCAGGCCAAGCCGAAGCCCAAACCCAACCAGAACCUCUCCGAGGCCUCCGGGAAGGGGGCUGAGCUCUACGCCCGCCGCCAGUCCCGGAUGGAGAAGUACGUCAUCGAGUCUUCGGGCCACACGGAACUGGCCCGCUGCCCUUCGCCCACUAUGUCCCUGCCUUCAUCCUGGAAGUACUCCACGAAUGCGCCUGGUGGCUUCCGAGUGGCAUCCCGAAGCCCAGCUCGGACCCCGCCUGCCUCCUUCUACCAUGGCUACCUGCCUGAGAAUGGGGUCCUGCGCCCAGAGCCCACCAAGCAGCCACCCUACCAGCUGCGGCCCUCGCUGUUCGUCCUCUCACCCAUCAAGGAACCUGCCAAGGCCUCGCCUAGAGCUGCCUCGCCCAGAGCCGCCUCACCUGCCAAGCCGAGUUCCCUGGACCUGGCACCCAGCCUGCCCAAGGCGGCCCUCCCGCCGUCUCCUGCCUUGCCUCGGCCCUCCCGCAACUCACCGGGCCUCUACACCUCCCCUGGCCAGGAUGGCCUCCAGCCCACUACCGUGAGCCCUACCUACAGCAGUGAUAUCUCCCCCGUGUCUCCCUCCAGGGCCUGGUCUCCCCGAGCCAAGCAGGCCCCCAGGCCCUCCUUCUCCACCCGUAAUGCCGGGAUCGAGGCUCAGGUGUGGAAGCCUUCCUUCUGCUUCAAGUAACGGACCCCACGGGGAUCCCGCUGCCUGUCAGGGCCCCCCUCUCAGAGGGCUGGAUGGAGAGCUGAUAUGGCAGGAGGUGGCACAGGGCUGACAGUCAGGAGUAUGUGGACUCAGGGCUCAAGGGCUGACGCUGCCAGCGGCUAGCUUUGUGAUCUUGGGCAGGCCACCUCUCCUCUCUGAGCUGCAGCUGCCCCUUCCCUACCACAGGUGGCUGGGCUCCAUGUCUGAAGGAUCUGAAGCCUGCUGCUGGGUGGGGAGGAGGGUCCCUGAGAGAAAGCUCCCUUGGAAGGCCCUAACGAGGCUGGGGGACUUCCCUUGGCCUUUGUGAGCAGUAGGGAUGCCAGCGUCUUGCUGGGUAAAGGCCUACAAGGGAACUAACAGGGGCUUCUGGAACAAACAGAGCCUGCCCGUGCCUGUGGAACCAGCCAGCCAAGGGCCUGCCUCCUCAGCCGCCCCGGUGGGCCUGCCCUCAUUGUGGCCCCAGCUCUGGCAUCUUUCUGCCUGUUGCUGGAUUCUCACCUCCACAGGUCUCUCUUCCACCUCUGCCUUCUGGACACUGUUUCUUUUCUGCUGCUUCAGAGACCUUUGCCUUGGCCUUCAUAUUUUCUUCUCUCCUGGGUUCUGCUGGAUGAGGACUUAGCCCACCACUGCUGUCUGAUGCUUUUCUUCCUGCCCCUCUGCUCAGCUGCCUCUGUGCCCUCUCCAAACAUCUGGCUCCGCUUUCUAGACAGCUAAUGCAGUUUAUCCCAGACCUCAGUCCUGAUUCCACCUGGCUUGCCCUCACUGUUCUGGGGUGUGGGAGGCCCCAGGGGAUCCCUGAGAGAGAGCCCUGUAAAAGGAUGUGCAGUGGUGGGUGUGCAGCUAGAAGAGAGCCGCUAGUGAUGUAUCCAUUGGCUGUUUUGGCUUAACCUCAGCCAAGAUCUACACGACUAAAAGCAGCCAUUUCCGUGCAGUAGUAGAGGCCACAGGGGGAGAGGCGGGAGAGGCAGACUCUGGUCCCAUCUCAGCCUCCCACUUGCUGUGUGACUUUGGCCAAGUCACUUUCCCUUUCUGGGCCUAUUUUCUCAAUGGGGGCCCUCGUAGCUGUGAGAAUCUGUGAGAAUUGAGAGGAUAGGCUGGUGCUUUGGGAGAAAGGCCUUGUAAGUGGUAAGACAGCCCCCCCGGGAAGAGAGGGGAAGGAAUGGUCCUAGUUGCUGUAGGACAGAUGGGGAGAAGAUGUCUGCAAGGGUAUCCUGGGGAGGGUGUGGCUGGAAUGAGCUGCUGCAGGAGGCCCGGGAUCAGAAGUUUAGGUUGGGAUGGCUCAGGCUCAGGACUGCCUGGAGACGGUGGGAGCACAGCAAGGGCUGGGUGGGAGCACAGCAGCUAGGGACGGGACCUAGGAGACCUUAUGGUUUUGAGGGAAAGGCUGGGACUUAUGAGAUCUAGAUUCUAAAACGUGGUCUCCAUGUGUAUCCUUGGGUCUCAGUUUCCCUAUUCACGCUGUGAGGGUUUUGAGUCAGGUAGUCUGAGAUCCUCACCACCUCUGAACCUUUGAUGUGCUGCAGCCCCCUCCACCAAAACCAGGCUUUGUGGGGGGAUGAGAGAAUAUAGACGCAAGAGGCAGAAUUCAGAUGGAAGCUUCCCAAGACUGGGGGCCGAGCACCACCCACUUUCCCUUUCCCAGCCCUAUUUCUGGGCUCCCCGACGAGGCGAGGGGUGGUGGAGGCGGUGCCCAUGCUGGGCUGAGCCUGCAGUUUUCGUGAGCUCUCAGCUCGUCUCCAUGGGAACAGGGGUGCCUUCCCAGUGAGUUCAUUCUGCCCAGAACAUGGGGGCAUGCGUGGGGGAGUCAUGAGUGAGCUCAGCUCCUUCAUGCCAGGCCCCUCCCAGGACAGAGUGAAGCCCCUGUUCCGGACCCCUGCUCCCUUCGACCCCUGAGGGCCAGCAAUGGAAGAGCCCACCCUUCAUCCUGCAGCUCCUGCGGCCAGGCUGGCCAAGCUCUUCCCUCAACUUUGUUUUCUCUCCUGUUCUCAAUACAUUCUGCCUCAAAUCUGUCUUGCUUCUUUCUUUCUUCCGCGUUCGCUGGCUGGUGGUCAGGGCCCUCUCCCUCCUCCCUGAUUCUGGCCUGGGAAGUGGGUGGGGUGGGGGCUGCUCAGUUACUGCGUGUGAGCCUGUGGUACAUCUCCGCGUGCUGCCUGCAUCUGCUGAGUGUCUGGAUCUGCCAAGGGUACAGCUGUGUGCUGGCUUGGAAGUGAGGGCUGCCCUCUUCCCUCCCCGGGUCAGCACUGAGGAACCAAGAUCCUGUGGAAAUUGCAUUCUUCUGUUUUCCUUCAAAGUUUAGCCAAAAAGUCUGUAGAGCAUGGGGAAAACCCAUGCCCCUUAAGGCCCAGCUUUAUUUUAAUUCCUUAAGAGUAGAAUUUAAGUGCCUUUAGCCAGAGCAUAUACUCUUUCCGGUUUCCUCAGGUCACUGCCCCCCCGCAACCCUCCACCCCUAUUAUCUAAAUCUGGCCACUUCCCACAGUCAUCACCACCUGGCUCCUGAAAACAGAGUUUCUGCCCCUGGUGGAGAAGAACAAACUGCCAUCAA